AUCCACAAAUUAACAGAGAGAGAGAGAGAGACACAAACACACACACAGGUGGCUGGCCGACGAUGGAGCAGACGAAGAAGAUGAUGAUCGCCUUAACUCUGGUUUUGUUCAUAAUCUCGUCGUCGCAUUCGGUGAACCCCGAAGCUCAUUCCGAUUCUGACUGCUACACCAACUGUGUGGAACACUGUAUUGGUGGAGGCCGCCGCCCAGGGAAGGGCGCGUCAUGCGAUCGCAAAUGCGCAUCACAAUGCAGGCUAGAUGCAGAUCUUCAAGCUAAAGGCCACCAUAAGUGAAGAGGAUUCCAGUCUUUGGAUUGCAUGGAAACUUCAGGAGCAGCAGCAGCUUGCAGGAGGGUCCCUUCUAUCUAACAAUUUUAAUGUAGAUAGAUAUGUCAGAAAGGAUCAAACUCGGCGGGCGUUUGGGUGGUUAACGCGCUCACGGCAUGUCGAUGGUUCCAUCAGAAACAAAGUCUAUAAAAACGAAGCAGCAAAUGCACAGAAAACCAAUCCUGAAAUUAAAAGAGAGAGAGAGAGACACACACACAGAGGUGGCUGGCCGACGAUGGGGCAGACGAAGAAGAUGAUGAUCGCCUUAUCUCUGGUUUUGUUCAUAAUCUCGUCGUCGCAUUCGGUGAACGCCCAAGCUUCCGCUUCUGACUGCUACAGAUCCUGUCAGACCCACUGUAUCGGCGGCCCUCCCCGAGUCCCAGUGAAGCCCGGGAUGGCCGCGGCAUGCGAUCGAAAUUGCGCAUCACAAUGCGGGCUAGAUCUUCAAGCUAAGGGCCACCAUAAGUGAAGAGGAUUCCAGUCUUUGGAUUGCAUGGAAACUUCAGCAGCAGCAGCAGCUUGGUGUUCUUCCAUUUGCAAUUGUAGCAACCGUAUAUAUAUGUGUCUACAAUAAAAGAUAAUACACUGCCCUUCUCAUCUAAACUAAACAACAAAAUAUAAAUUCAAACAAAAAAUUAUCAUGGAAUAAAGUUUUAAAAGAGAUGAGAUCUCAUUUUCUAAGCCUCUCUUUUUUUAGGGGUCGUCUAUGUCUUGAGCCAACCCUAGAUAAUACUCAUCUUAAAAAAAGUGAUUUGAGUAGUGACUCUCUCUCAGUAGUCACAUGUUCGGAUUCUUUUACACCCCUUAUCAUAUCAUUUCUUAUUAUAUAAGGUAAAAAAAAAAAGUACUCAAACUAUAGCUACGUACCCAGUAAUCUUUUUGUUUUUUAAAUGCUAGAGCCUAGAGGGACUAUAAGUGCCAUAUAUGAGCCUGCUUGCAACCCUUUCGCAAGUCAUAUCAGAAUGCAUCCCCAAUGUAAUGUAUUCUAUGAAUUAUUUUAUCUAAAAUAUUAAAUAAUUAAAGCUUAUGGGCAUUGUUUGGUUGCUAUACAAAAAUAGGUUUUGACUUAAAUUAUUAUGUCUAAAUGUCUUUGACGGUGGAUGUGUUAGACCUCCAUUGCAUGUAGAAGGUGGUAGGUGCGAUAGCAAUGUGAUAAAUAGAUAUGUUUGGUUAGAUUUUUUUUAAUAAAAAAAAUAUACGACUUAUAAUUUA